AUGCAUUUGUGCUAUCGCAAAACCUUUUCUCAGGAGAUGAGUUCAUCUACUGGUUUAGUGAGUGACACCACUUCUAGUCAAACGGCCGCUCCUCCUGUUCCCGCUUGGAUCAUGAGAGCCAGCUCAUUGAUUGGCCUCGCCACGACUACAUCAUCUGUUGCGACUCUCACGACCACAACCAACUCUGCUACUGGCAGCGCUUCCACCACUUUUGGCUCAGCUCUUCCCUCGACAGUCGUUUCUGGUGCUCCUGGAGCGACUACAAUGGUUCUUCCUGCCACAGCUGCCACUUUAUCGUCUCUCGUAGCAUCAGGUUCAAGCCCAUUGUCUAGCAAUGUUAUCACGAGUGCUUCGGCCACUCCUGUUUGCACUUUACCUACACAGCCGCCCAGACAAACGGCAGAGAUUCGCCCAAUUGCCAAUAAUGUGGCUACUGUAACGCCUCAACCAGCUACUCCGGUCUUGGACCAAGGAUACUCAAUAUUCCAGGCGAUGUCGUCGCAACAGCUCUCACUGACGAAUUCUCGUGUCCAUCCGCCUACUACAUCGAUGGCUGGUCUUUUCUCGUUCCUGCCUUCAUCCCCAUCUACCUCUGUCACUUGUCCUCUCUCCUUGCAAACUCAUACUGCUACUCUUAUGCCUGUUCGACGCUCUUCUGCCUCGAGUCCAGUGCAUCACUCGAGUUUGCUAUUGCCGCCUCAACAACAGCCACUUGCCAUACUCAGUGUUGUCUCUGCGGCAUCUUCAUCAUCCUCAUCGACUUCUCCAGUCUCUUUGCCCUUAAUCUCAGCAACUUCUUGCUCCACCUCCCAAGUUACCUCUUCGCUUGGGUCCCAUAUUCUUGCCUCUCCUUCCUCUUCAACCACAACAUCAGGCUCUCCUGUUGGCAUUACCACUGCCGCUGUGGUGACUGGGAAGAGACGUCAUGAGGAAAUUCAACUCGACGAACCUUCACACUCUGCCUCUUCACUUCCGACAAGUACAACUGUACAUGGUUUGGCUAAUUCAGCCUCAUCUUGCCAUUUACAAGUCGAGAUGACUUCCGUAUCCAAUACUAUGGGCUCCGUUUCACCGCCCAUUGCUACCUUAGUUACCAGUGCUUCUACAGCAAGCGGACAUCCCAGCUUACCUAAGCGCCUUCGCCAGGCAGGCUUAGCCUGUCAGGCGCCUGCACUCAGCUUUGUAUCGCCACUCGUCGUAGAAGAAGUUGGAGGACCCCUUAGUACGGAAUAUUUUCUUUUUGAUUUUGAUUUUGCUUUCCGCACACAAACUGGAUAA